AUGCUGUUGCGGUUAGCUUUACUGACGUCUUUCUGUUUUUGUGUUGCCAGGGCUGUGCUAAACGGAAACGACGUCAAACGACGUGAAGCUGGCUUAGACCUAUACGGCUCACCACCUGGGCCAACACCACAUUUUAGUCAUACUCUCCAUCAAAUACCACACCGUGAGUAUGGUGUUCCCCAGCAGAUUCCCUUUAAAGAUUACAGCUUGCCGGUAUUGAAAUAUGGCCCUCCAAAGCUGAACAAUUUUGGCGGUGGUUCUGGGAUAUCCACGAAUGGAUUGCAUGAGCAAAUCAAGACACACUUUGGCGUUCAUAAGCCAUUCUAUGGACCACCGUAUGCACAGUAUAGACCCACAACAGAAUAUGGUACACCACAAACAGCACCACAUUACGGCUCACCACCAAAAUCAUUUCCACAGCUUUUGAAAAUUCAACACCGUCCGGCACCACAGUAUGCAGCACCUCCAAAACAUAAAUUUUUUACACGGCCUGUAUCCCAACAGUUAUUGCCGGUAUCACAUUCUGCCCAACUGUUUAACCCUGUUCAUCACCCAGCAACUUCUUAUGGUCCACCCGCCUCGGGACCAUCAAACCUCCCAGCUAAGCCAGCUUACGAAACACCACCAAACUACGGACCACCACCACUUCCCAUUAACGUACCAGGUCCUCAAUCAACAGAUUUCAGCCAUGCUCCAGCAACGACUAUUAUAUUAAAUAAUUCAGGUGUACAGCAACUCUCUAGUGGCCCAGUUGAUAGCCCUUUUAAGCAAGUUCAGAUCCAAAUAGAUGCCUCUGGACACACACACAGUGUGACUGGCUCGCAAACACCUUUUCACACUGCAUGCGAUGGCUGGAAACCUAUUCCAGCACCGAUUGGGACCUACAUUGAAAAGAAUCACAUUGUAGCUCAAAGGGGUUACAGUCAUGUCGAUCAGGGCCAUAUAAUUGGCUCACGAUAUAAUUUUGGUAGAGCCAACAGUGCCAAAACUGUCAACGGCCUUUCUGACGAGCAGCUUGUAGCAGUCGCACUUCAGGGUGAGUCCGGUAAUAUAGUAACUGGUCCUACUAUCGACGGUAAUCUGAGCACCGUUGACUCUGAAGCGUUACAGGUUUUCGCCGACGCAAAUGAUACUUACUCCAAGCCUCCAGCAGAUUCAUAUCAGCCUGGCUCUAUUUAUGAUACGAAACAUAAAACUGUUGCAGGGGAAAGUCUGCCACUACCACAUAUAUUUGGUCCUGCGUAUGGCGUUUCUCAGUCUCGAGCCCAGUCACAUUCCCAUUACAAUUCAAACAUCCUUUAUGGUACACAUUCAGGUAAUCCAAAGUUUAAUCGCGAACAUCCUAAGUCACCAGUCGCAUUCCGCCCACCUGUGCCGACGGGGCUUAUAGAGUCUAUAGGGGCUACUGUGCAACAUUUGGAUGAAUUUGGUGUAAAGCCACCGCCGCAAGCACCUGCAUAUAUUCCCCCUGCAACUCACGAAAUUCCAUUAAAUAGUGCAGCUUCUGCAUCACUACCCGCAUACGGCGCGCCCUUUAAUCGGCUGGCAUCAUCACAGGUUAUUAUGAAACAGCAGCUUCCGCAACCGUAUCAAGGACCCAUUUUUACUCCACUUGAUGUACAAUCGCUACCAAGCCUUCAUUAUAUUCCCGCACCGCAGCAACAGCGGGCACCGGAGCAAUAUUUUUCAAAUAGACCCUCCCCAAAUAUCCACCUUUCGAGUCAGCAACCAAUAAGCAAUAAUGUGAUUCCCCAGAACAUGCCAUCAGUUUUCUAUUCUCAGGCACUACCAUUAAUCCAGCAACUUGAUCGAUUUAACCAACAAACAUCAGUAUCAGUGGGACGGCAUCCUUACCAGCACCAUCAGACACAAAUUGUGUUACACGAUUGCGGCCAAGGUCCCAAUUUGAUCAGCAGCUCUGGGUACCAAGUGCAUCAGCAGCAACAAUUUGGGAGCGUCUCGACAGAAUCUCCUAGAGUAUACAAUGCCAUAGCGCAGAGUGUUCCUGUAGCGGAACAGCAUACACAAUUUUUAGCUGGCGCUGCUGACAGUUAUGGCCCACCGUCUUCUGGAAAUGAAAUUGAGCUUGAUCAUUUCGGGUAUGAGUCACAAAAGUCCACAGUCACAGCACUGCCGGAUGGUACAGAUCUGCAGCAGCUACCAGGUUUAAAUGACUUGAAUGUAAUAUCUGCACAAAAGUCUCAAGACAUUAUGUUUGGCGCAAGUAAUGGACAGCUACUUCAAAACUUUCAAAUACAAUUUGGUAGUUCAGUAAAUAAUGCUGGUACCAAUCAAGGAAAUGAUGGUAACAUUGAUGAUCCAAGUGCAAUGCACGUAGACAUUCUGUCACAAGGUCUACUUCAAUCAAUAUUGACUGCAAUAGAAAAGCCCCAAUCAGCGUCGUCUGUGCCACAGAGCCAUAAUGCACAAAGUCGUUCUGACGACCAAUAUCAAGAGAAUGAAAAGAAACGCGAUAUAGGACAUAACGAUCAGCAAACAAAUCAGCAUCAUAACACACCUGAAAGUGUCGAAUUACACAUUGUGUCCGAUACAGAUAUUAAGAACACAAAAGAUAACGAGAUUGAGCCCAUUGUAGCUGCCGACGUGGAUGAAAGGUCCAAGCAUUAAGUCAAGUAAUUACAUAAGUAUUUAUCGCUUGAAAUCCAUACUUGUUUA